CCGCCUCUGCUGAUGAUGCUGUUCUCUGAGGAAGAGGAGGAGGAGGAGGAAGAGGAGGGAGGCAGAGCUGGGAGGAAGGACUCCGUCAGAGCGGCAGAGGCAGCGCUGCACCGCGGCUCCAUCUCCGGUCCGCCGCCAGCUCGCCUCGCGUCCCCUCGGUUCGGCUCAGGUCGGCUCGGUUCGGUUCGGUCUCUUCCUCCCGGUUCGUUUCGCGGCGGAUCCGCAGCAGCAACAAUGUGGUGCAUCAACUGCGCCUCGGACAAAACCCCCGCAAUCCUGAACAACAAGCUGCUGUACUGCGUGGAGGGCGACCCUCAGUGUCCGGAGGUCCUCACCUUCUCAGACUCGUCGUUUGGGCAUCCUCCUCCCUUCCAUCGCUAUAGCAACAGCCCCCUCUCCAGCCCCUGCGACCCCUACGGCCCCGCCUCCGGCACCGGGCCCCUGGGAGCCUCUCACUCGCAGACACAGGGCAGCUCCCCCAUUUCUCCCCCCAGCCCUGCAAGCCUCGCCUGGGCUCAGCGCAGCAGACAUCAGCCGGCCAGCCUGGCGCUCCGCAAGCAAGAGGAGGAGGAGAGCAAACGCUGCAAGGCGCUAUCUGACAGCUAUGAGCUCUCUACAGACCUCCAGGACAAGAAGGUGGAGAUGUUGGAGAGGAAGUACGGGGGCCAGUUUGUGUCCCGGCGGGCGGCCAGGACGAUCCAGGCGGCGUUCAGGCGGUACCGCAUGAACAAGAAGUUUGAGAGGCUCCGCAGCUCGGCGUCGGAGAGCAGGAUGACCCGGCGCAUCAUCCUGUCCAACAUGAGGCUGCAGUAUUCGUUUGAUGAGCGGCAGCCACAGGGUCAGGGGUCGCCGGGCCAGCAGGGUUCAGAGGACGCAGGAGACGUAGACGACUCUUUCUCCAAACAGGUCAAAUCUCUGGCCGACUCCAUGGACGACUCGCUCACCUGCCAGUCCGGCCGCGAAGACUCGCAAGAUGUCGGCGGAGAAGGAGAGGAGGACGAGGACGAGGAGGAGGGAGACGAGGAUGAGGAAGAGGAGGAGGAAGAAGACGAGGAAGAGGAUGAGGAGGUUGAAUACAGGCAGUGCGGAUGGCGCAACACGAACACGGCAUCGCGGCGCGCGCCCGGUCGGGCGGAGGGAGGCCGGGGCGGCGUGGCCAUGCACGAGGACAGCACCGCCACCUCCUUCAGCGACGUCACGCUCUACAUGGACGACGGCUGCCUCCCGUCCUCACCGCUGUCCCGUCCCGCCUCCAGCUCCGACACGGACUACUGGGGCGGGGGCGGAGGCGCAGGGGGCAGGGAGGACAGCAGGGAGACGGAGGGCGGCAGCAGCGCCAGCCGGAGGAGCAGCACCCCCUGCACAGAGUGCCGAGGAGAGUACCGAGGAAGAGGAGGAGCAGGAGCAGGAGGAGGAGGAGGACACCUUCCUGUCCUCACCAUCGAACCGCCCAGCGACAGUUCAGUGGACAUGAGCGACAGAUCGGAGCGUGGGUCUAUCGGACGUUUGGUGUACGAACAGGAGUCCUCCGGAGGGGAGCGAGGAGGAGAGAGGGGCAGGGGAGGAGGUGAAGGUGAAAGUGGAGAGGAUGAGCUUGGAGCAGGAAGCAGCGAAGCCGAAUCUCCACAAGGAACCAUCAAACACAAGCCGAACGGCCGCUCGGUCGCCAUGGCGCAAGGACAGACGCGCAGCCCCUCUAACGUCCCCCUGCCGAUGCCGUCGGCCCGGACGCUGCCACCCCACCCGCUCCAACACCCCCACCCUCCCCACCCAUCAGCCAUUCCCCACCUUCCCACCAUCCUCCACCACCACCCGCAGUACAGCCAGCACGUCAUGCACAUGCACCACGCCCACGCCGGCGGCCCCUACAUGCAGCAUCCGCACCACUUCGCCCAGCACCACUACCACCAUCUGCACCACCAGCACCACCACCUCCCACACUCGUACCCAGAGCCCCCUGCGUCUCCGCUGCCCUCCCCGGUUCCACCUCUAACACCUUUGUCCCCGCUGCCGCCGCCUCUCACGCCCUCGCCGAUGUCGUCCUCCUCUUCCUCAGUGCUGCAGAACCUGGAGGGGCAGCAGCACCUUGCCCACCACCCACACCUCCACCACCACCACCACCACCUGCUCUGCUCAGACGGAGACAACGAGAGCGUCAACUCCACCACCACCAACUCCAACGACGACACCACCGUCAACAACUGCAGCUCCGGCUCGUCGUCCAGGGAUAGCCUGCGGGAGCCGAUGGGCGGAGCCACGCUGGGGAAGCAGACCUACCAGAGGGAGAGCCGCCACAGCUGGGACUCCCCCGCCUUCAACAACGACGUGGUGCAGCGGCGGCAGUACCGCAUCGGCCUCAACCUCUUCAACAAGAAGCCGGAGAAGGGGAUCCAGUACCUGAUCGAGAAGGGCUUCGUGUCGGACACUCCGGUGGGCAUCGCCAGGUUCAUCCUGGAGCGGAAAGGACUGAGCAGGCAGAUGAUCGGAGAGUUCCUGGGCAGCCGGCAGCAGUUCAACAAAGACGUCCUCGACUGCGUCCUGGAUGAGAUGGACUUCUCUGGCAUGGAUCUGGACGAAGCGCUGAGGAAGUUCCAGGCGCAGAUCAAGGUUCAGGGCGAAGCUCAGCGGGUGGAGCGGCUGGUGGAGGCCUUCAGUCAGAGGUACUGCGUCUGCAACCCGGUGCUGAUCCGGCAAUUCCAGAACCCAGACACCAUCUUCAUCCUGGCCUUUGCCAUCAUCCUCCUCAACACAGACAUGUACAGCCCCAACGUGAAGCCAGAGAGGAAGAUGAAGCUGGAGGACUUCAUCAAGAACCUGAGGGGCGUGGACAACGGGCAGGACAUCCCCAGAGACCUGCUGGUGGCCAUCUACGGCCGCAUCCAGAAGUGGGAGCUGAGGACCAACGACGACCACGUGUCGCAGGUCCAGGCGGUGGAGCGCAUGGUGAUCGGCAAGAAACCGGUUCUGUCGCUUCCGCACCGCAGGCUGGUCUGCUGCUGCCAGCUGUUCGAGGUUCCCGAUCCAAACCGGGCCCAGAGGAGCGGCGUCCAUCAGAGAGAAGUCUUCCUGUUCAACGACCUGCUCAUGGUAACGAAGAUCUACCAGAAGAAGAAGACGUCGGUGAUGUACAGCUUCAGGCAGUCGUUUCCUCUGCUCGACAUGCAGGUCCACACCUUCCAGAACACCUAUUACCCUCAUGGCAUCCGGCUGACGUCGGCGAACCCCGGAGGAGAGAGGAAGGUGUUGAUCAUCUUCACGGCUCCGAGCCAGCAGGACCGAGCGCGCUUCACCUCCGACCUGCGAGAGAGCAUCGCCGAGGUCCAGGAGAUGGAGAAGUACCGGGUGGAGUCCGAGCUGGAGAAGCAGAAAGGCAUGAUGCGUCCCGGCAUGCUGGCGGGUUCUGGCGGGAUGGGGACGUCGGGGAGCGGGACCAGUUCGGCCGGGGGGCCCAUGAAGGGCGAGGUGGUGAACGGCACCCUGGGAAGGCCGAGCCUCGACGAUACGUACGCCUCCGUGGACGGACUGAAACGCACGGCGCUCAGCUCCUCGCUCAGAGAUCUCUCAGAGACGGGGAAGCGAGGGCGGAGGAACAGUGUGGGCUCAUUGGACAGUACCAUUGAAGGUUCCAUUAUUAGCAGCCCGCGGCCUCACCAGCAGCGCCCCCUGCAGGGCGCCAGUCUGUCCUACAGCCCCAUGAUGAUGCCCUCGUCCCCAGCAGCCUACCGGCCGCACCGCCCUACUCAGAGCCCCGGUACGGGGGUGGGGGGUGGGCCGGGGCUCUGUCACAACCAGGGGGGGGUCACCACGUCUCCUCUCGCGAGCGGGGGCGGGGCUGGGCCCGGCGGCGUGAUGGCGGCGGGCGGCGGCCAGAUCCCUGGAGGCCGAAUGGGGAACUUCUUCGGCAGUCGAAGAGGCAAAGUUCCUGGUCCCCUGACGAUGAUGUCACCGCCUCCUCAGGGUCCACCGAGUCCUCUGAUGAUUUCGUCCCCCCCCCACUACCCCGCUCCCGCGCCGCCCAUCGCCCUCCCAUCCUCCCCUUCCCCAUGCCCCUCCCCUUCGCCCAACCUCGGCCAGUCGGACUCGGCCGGGGCUGGAGGGGGCGGCGGCCCGGGAGGGGGGCCGUCCAAGCUCCAGGCGUUGCACGCCCAGUAUUGCCACGGCAACAGUGGAGGAGGCGGAGUCAGUGGGCACCUGCCGCAGCAGACGCCGCCGCCGCCCUACCAUCACCACCACCGCUACCACAUGCAGAGCGUGCCGCAGCACCACGCGCUGACGCACCGCUUCUCUGCGCCGCUGCGGCACAGCUGCGCCCCGCCCCACAGCCAGCCGCUGCAGAGGCUGCAGCAAGGCCCCGCCCACCCGCGCUACAACAUGGUGUCCGGCUUCACCACGCCACCGCCGCUGUCCCCCCACUCUCCCGUCACGCCCACUACGCCGCACGGACUCUACCACCGGCCGGGGGGCGGAGCCAAGAUGCCACUCACCAUCUCGCACUCCCAGCCCCACCCGCACGCUCACACACACACACACAACCACACCGUGCACACACACUCCCCACUCAGCCCCUCCCCCUCCGCAACAGGCUCCACCCACUUCAUUUUCUCCACCCCGCCGCCCCAGACGCCCUCGGCGCGCCUCGUCACCCAGACGCCACCGCAGCCCUACGCCCCCCAGUACCCGCCGCUGUCGUCCAUCCCGCCCCCCCCUCCCCACUCACCCCUGCCUCCCCCGUCGGGCGCCCCGCUCUCCCCGCUCCCUCCGGGGGUGGGGCAAGGGGGCGGCCCCAAAGCGAAGCCCGUCAGCCGCAUCAGCACGGUCGUGUGAAGAGGCAGAAAUCGAGGACGGUGGCGCGCAACCCCACAGUGAGCCGCCAGGGGGCGAUAUUGAGAGUGAGCACAAGAGGGAGGAGGGGAAGAAGAGCAGGAGGGCAGAUCCAGUUGUAUCAAAAUGGCCGCCUGAUGAGGAGGAGAGCGGUGAGAGCGGGAAAGAGGAAGCUGCUCAGCCUGUGCUAUUUCCACAUCGACUUUCCUCGCAGGUAGAGCGCUGGAGGGAAAAACUACCGCUUAGGUCUGGUGACGCCCCCACCUCGCCUUCAUACCGCCCUGCGUGGUGAGCCGGGACUCAGUCGGACAUGUUUGUAGUUCUUCACUACUUCAGAGUGUUCGUCUCAUGUUGUGAGUACCUUUUUUAACAUUUCUGUGGCUGUAGUGGACAAGCGGUUGAGGGACCAGUCAGGAAGGGAACAGUGCCUGAAAACGUAACAUGAGCGCUGACGCUCCGAGUUAAAGGGACAGUACCGUGUAACAGUAGUUUCACACCAUGUUGUUCAGCACAAAAACCAACACUUAACUUUGAUUUUGACAUAUUUACAAGCCAUUACGGGCAGAAGCAGAGGUGUUUAGCAUUAAUAUGGUGGCGUUUGUGUCUUAGACAGGCAUGCAUGACCUGUGCAAUAGCUAACAGUUAUCAGUGUGUUUAUGGUUAAUAUCCAAUUUGCAGGGAUAGAUUUGUUGUGAUGUGAAGCCCCAAUCCAGCAAAGUGAAGACUCUACUCAUAAACUUCCUAAAACCUUUGAAAUAAGCCAUCGAAACAAAUCUACAGGUGUCUUCGUUUUUGUUCUGCAAAAACUAUUAAAAGCCUUUAGUGUUUGUGGAUUACAGGGUUUCAGCAGGGGGCGCUAUACUGUUGUUUUGGAAUGGGACUUUUUCAGAUUUUCUCACUUAUUCCUGUAAGUUUGAGGAUUUAUUUCUACCAAAUCUGUGAAUGCUCUCCUCAUUUCUCAAAUAUCCCGGUAUAUAUGAAAGUGUACGCCUGAAUUCUCAGAAAUAAUAAUAUCUGUCAUUUGUAUUUGACGCUCCAUGAUGUGUUUGUGACCCUCAACGUUGCCAGAGAAGGAGAUUAAGAUGAAAGAUGCCAAACUGGGGGAUUUUUGUUGUUUUCUGCCGAUGAGGACGGUGGAGCUGCUCUACCUGAAAUACAAACAUGAUGUUUUUAUUUUUGAUUUUUUUUACAGUGCAACUUUCUGUACCUUUAGCAGCAGCAAUGUUAAUGGAACUGGGUGGGAAAAUAAAACUAAAACGGAAGUUUAUUAAAAUCAGAAGCAGGGUACAGCUCUCAGAAGUUUUUGUGUUUAUCUGAAAUCACCAGUAGGGGGCACCGAUAUGUGUUUAAUGGUCCCAUUAUGAGACGUUUCUGAUCCAGACUGGAGAAUCCUCCAUGGUUGGUGAUGGUUGGUUGGUGGGAAGUCGGGGAUUUGUUGGUUCCAGACUGACUGGAAACAAAUGAGGCAGGCGUUUCUUGAUGCUAAUUUGGCUAAUUUUAGCUUUUCCACUAAUGUUUUACAUACUGAAUUGAGAAAGUCAGAAUUAGGUGAUAUGCUAAUGAUAACCCACAUUCUGAUGGUAGCACUUAGGCUAACAUUAGCAUUUUGUUCAUUUUAGUGUAUACAAUGCUCUUUGCACACUGAAUGCAGUAUGUUACUGUAGGUCAACAUACUGUUAUCUCCCAUGCUAAUGUUAGCAUGUUAGCUAACACCAUUCUAUUUCACUUUAGCUUAUACAAUGCUCUUUGCACACUGAGUGGAGAAUGUUACUGUAGGUCAACAUUGUUGAUAUCAUUAGCAUUAGCAUUAACAUUAGCAUUCUAGCUUAUUUUAGUGUACACGCUGUUCUUUGCACAUUAGAUGGUGUAUGCUUACUGUAGGUCAACAUGCUACUGAUAGCCCCCAUGCAAAUGUUAGCAUUCAGGCUAACUGAAUCAUGAAAAUGUUUUUUUUUAAUUAAAUUUAAAUGUUUUGCUUCAUUUUCUCUCGUUUCCUUCUUUUUUUAAUAAUUCACAAAAAAUUGUGAUAUACAAAUAACUUAACAGAAGCUUUUAUCCAAAGUUACUCACUGUUGGGGACCAAAAGUUUCAGUGCAAUGAUGAACUCUGCGUUUAACAUUAAUCGCUGCAUCCAAUGAAAGGUCAGAGAAGAAGCUCAGAGUUUGGCCUUAGACAUGGUGCGUCCACCAUCCUUUUCAUCCACCUUAGAUCUUUUUGUCUGGAAAACUAAAAACAUUAGGUUAGAGAUGAUUUUAAUAGGAUACCUAAGCCAAACAUGAUAUUCUAAAAUAAGUGACCCAAAACGUUCAGUUCAGUUAUGACGUAAUUUCCAUAGACAGCUGGACUUUUCUCGUUUCCUGAAGUUAAUUUUAGGUCAGAGGUGAAACGCCUUUAAGAAGGUCAAGAAGUGUCCAGGUGGCAUCUAUUGAAGCACUUAGGAAGAUUGU